AGUUUGGAUAAAAGAAUUCUUGAAAAGAGCCUUUUUUCGCGUUACAACUGGUUAAGGAAAGCGUGAAAAAAAAACUUGGAACGCAUAUCUGAGGGAAUGCAGCGCUUGCGCCACUAUUCAAUUACGAAUGAUAUAACCGAUGCAGAUUUUGAGGGAAAAGGUGGCGCGUGAUUUUGGGGUUGAAUCCACGAUGCUUUCAAGCACUGUUGAAAGAGCUAUCAGUCUACAACCGUCCGCCUCAUAGUUCUAUCACUUUUCGAGCACAUGUCUGUUUUGAUUUUCAUUGUAUUCAUCCACGGAUUCUUGGUUUUUCUAAUUAGAAAUGGCUUAUGUGACGAACAUGAAUACAGAUUAACUAGAUAUUUAAUGGACAGUUACGAUGCUGGUGUACGUCCAGCGAAAAAUUCUUCUCUACCGCUAGUAGUCGUCUUUGGAGUGUCCCUUCAUCACAUCAUUGACGUCGAUGAAAAAAAUCAGAUUCUUACAACAAAUUGUUGGGUGACUCAAACCUGGACGGAUCAUCAUCUAAAAUGGAACGUGUCUGACUUUGGAGGAAUUCGUGUACUACGGAUGCCAUACACUCGAGUUUGGAGACCAGACAUUAUUUUAUACAAUAAUGCAGAUCCACAAUACAAUGCAGCAGUAAUAAAUACAAAUGUGAUUGUCAGUCAUACUGGUGAGGUGGUCUGGUUAAGUCACGGUAUUUUUCGUAGUAGCUGUGAUAUAGAUGUAGAAUAUUUUCCAUUUGACGUACAAAAAUGUGCGCUGAAAUGGGCAUCGUGGACUUACGAUGGCUAUCAGGUUGAAUUAGAGCGCCAAAGCGAGAGAGGAGACAUGAGCAAUUAUCAAGCCAAUGGAGAGUUUGAUCUCGUUGAUUUCUCUGCCAGACGAAACGUCGAGUACUACUCCUGCUGUUCCGAGCCAUAUCCGGAUAUCACCUAUGAAAUCAAAUUACGUCGUCGACCAUUAUUUUACGUCUUCAACCUUAUUCUUCCCUGCAUUCUUAUUAAUGGCAUUGCUUUACUUGUAUUUUAUGUGCCAUCUGAAUCGGGAGAAAAAGUUACACUGGGAAUUUCAGCGCUAUUGUCGAUGACUGUUUUUCUUAUGACUAUUCGCGAAACCCUUCCACCAACUGAAAAGACGCCACUAAUUAGUUUAUAUUACGGAGUCAGUAUUUGUCUGGUGUCAUUUGCAUCAGGCCUUGCUGUGGUGACGUUAAACUUACAUCAUCGAGGAGUUCGGGGGACAAAAGUACCAAAUAUAGUUAAAUCACUUGUUCUUAAAAGACUCUCUCGACUGGUUUUCCUUAAUUUUAAAGAUGAAUUAAUUGAACCAUUACGAAGAAGAGAAAAUAAUUGUCCUUUGCACUGUAAAACUGAAAAUUCCCAACCUCAAUUGUCACCUAAAUUUAUGACAAGAAGAACUGGAAGUAAUAAUGAAAAUCUUCAUUUAGGUAUCGGAAAAGAUGGUGGUCUUGAAGCGCAUUGGUCUCGAGUUCUUGGUAAAGUUCAUGGGACGAUCGAGAGGAAUGAGAGGCGAUUAAUGGAUCAGGAUAGAAGGGAAAGAACAGAAUUGGAAUGGAAACGAGUUGCCAUGGUCAGCGAUCGAGCACUUCUAGGAUUAUUUUUCCUCACUACUAUUAUCAGCACAGCUGUUAUUCUUUGCGGGGCACCUCCAAGUGUUGAUAUUCCAGUAGCAGAUAGUUAAAGCUCUUAAAUUCAAUAAUUAAAAGUUUAUUUAAAUUAGAGAAAGUAAACUUUAAAGUGAAAAACAUUUUCUAACUAGUUUAAAUUAUAGUGGAUCAUGAACCCGGCCGCGUUAGGUGAAGUUAGUAUCUUUUACCCCAUUUUAAUUAAUUAAAGAUCAAAUAACGAAAAAUUCUGCAUAGGCCAACAAAAUUUUGUUGCCCAACCAAUGGAAGCCAAUUUGUUUUGACCUUGAAAAUAUUGGAUUGGCUCUAGUUUUCAAGCAAUUUACGUUUCAAUACGCAAAAUACGCAUUUUUGGCAUUUUUUGAAUAUAAAAAUAUUUUUAAAUAUUGUAAACUUUGUAAAAAAAAAUAAUAACAAAGUUUUACCUCGCAGGGUAAAAAAAAUUAAUGAAAACUACCCCAAAAAAACGAAACAAUUUAAAAAUCUACCAAAUUCGCCUAAAAUUUGUUACUGGGGGGUUUUCAGGGUCGCUGUUUACGGAUCCGAUGUUAGUUUUCAAAAAUUCAAAAUGGCGGAUCCAAUAUGGCGGACGAUAAAUUGAAAAUUCAUCAGAUUCGUCUAAAAAUUGUUACUCGGGGG